CCAAAAGUUCUAUCCCUUGGCACUGUCCAGAACUUUUGUGGGCACACACACAUGGCGAGCAGGAUCCAGGAGGAUCGUGGUCUCGCUCUUUAAGCUUUGGCUUGGUAGAGAGCAGCAGCUCCAGGUACUGAGAAAAGGCAGUCUCUUCUAAACUCCUCUCCCGUCUGCCCAGUUGUGAGGACCUGUGGGUCCCAUGCAGGAGCUGUCCUGGGGCUGUGAGAGCCAGGAGGGUGCUGGGGCCAUCCAGCACUGAAGGCUUUCAGCAAGUUUCCCUGCUCCAUCACUGUGUCCUUCAGGGCCAGGUGUGGGGCACUGCAGAAGUCCUGGAGAAGAGAGUCUGCUACCAGGGCCAGCAUGAGCCAGCUGCCACCAGCAGGGCCAUCAGAGGUGGCAGCAGCAGAUGGCAGAUGCCCCAUCUGCCUGGGUGACCUUGAAAAUGCCACCUAUGUGGAGGUCUGUCAGCAUUGUUUUUGCUUCAUCUGCAUCCGAGAAUGGGCCAAACUGACAGAGACGUGCCCACUCUGCAAGCAGCCCUUCGAGCGACUGCUGCACACCGUGACAGUGGAUGGCAACUAUGAGGAAUAUGUGUUUGACCAGUCUGCCCACCGCCAAAGGAAGGCAGCCAGGAUCCGGAGCAGAUCCCCACAGUGGCACUACAACCUGUGUCACAGGUCCACUGACAUCAAGCCCUCCAAGAGCCGGAGCAGAUCCCCCCAGAAGCAUGACAACCCACAUCGCAGACCCCUGACACCCAACCCUUCACAGGGAGGAGGGGGAAUAUAGGAACUGAGUACAGGGGGAUCCAGUAGCUGUGGAGCCCUCCAGUGCAACUUCCUAGCAGGCUUCUGCAGCCAGCAUCUCUCAUGAGGGAACACCACUGACCUCAGAGGAGCGCCUGGCCCCUGUGGCAGCCUGACCUUUUUCAUCUGCAAUAAACAGCCAGGUGCUUUCAAUUUAAA